AUGAUUAGAGACAUCGUUAUAAAAAUCGAUGACGGCAAAGAAUUUAAUCAAAAGCUUAAUGAUAACCUAAAAUUAUCAAAAAUUCGUAUAUUCAUCUUAGAAAGUUCAGAAAUUCAUAGUUAUAUUCGUUUCCUUAAAGAUACUUUAAUCUUUCAACAUGAAGGUAAAGAUAUUAUAAAUGAAGACAAGGCUUUAUCGGAGAUUCUCGUCGGUGAUAAAUUAUUUAUUAAAAAAAUCAAGAAUGAUGAAUCCACCAAUGUUUCAUUCCAAAGUGAAGAAAAAAAGAAAGCUUAUAAAUUGCCUUUAAAUAUGAAAUUGGACGAAGUUAGAUUAUUUCUAAGUCAACGUUUAGAUUAUAACUUUUCCUUUAUACUUCCAGACCAUGAAUUUAAUCAAAAGCUUAAUGAUAACCUAAAAUUAUCAAAAAUUCGUAUAUUCAUCUUAGAAAGUUCAGAAAUUCAUAGUUAUAUUCGUUUCCUUAAAGAUACUUUAAUCUUUCAACAUGAAGGUAAAGAUAUUAUAAAUGAAGACAAGGCUUUAUCGGAGAUUCUCGUCGCUUAUAAAUUGCCUUUAAAUAUGAAAUUGGACGAAGUUAGAUUAUUUCUAAGUCAACGUUUAGAUUAUAACUUUUCCUUUAUACUUCCAGACCAUGGUGAAAUAGAAAUAGAUGAGGAAUAUAAAGAUACUUUAGAGAAGAUAAUUAAUAAAAAUGAUAAAAAUAUCAAUUUGAUAGAAUUAUGCAAAACAAAUAGACCUAAUUGGUCAAAAUUAAUUAAAUCUUGUGAAUAUGGAUUUAAUAUAAUAGCGGAUAAGGGCGCUGAAAGGGCUUCUAAAAAAGCAAUUGUAAUUACAGAUUCCAAAAACAAAAAGGAUCGUCAUCCAGAGAGGUAUAAGGAGACUAAAAGGUGUGAUAAUGAAUUGGAUAAUCUAUGUCAACGUAAUACAGCUUUUGAUUGUAAAAUAUCUUCAAUAUUACCAUGGCUAUCAUUUUGUAUUGGUUUAACAAGUAAAAGUUCAAUUGAGUUUAAAAAGAAAUCGGCCACAGCCACUUCAUAUUCAAUUAUUAAAUCAGAACAUGCAUCAAUUGAAUUUACAGAAUUAGAUUAUUAUUUAACAACUGAAUUUGUAAAUGAUGUUGAAUCUGCAAUUGAUCCAAAUUUAAAAUUACGUGUACAACUUGAGAAACUUAAGAAAAUCAUUGAAGAUUAUGUUAUAGAAUCAUCUUCAAGUACAAUUAGUGGUGAAUCUAAUAUGAGUUACUCAAGUAUUACUGAUUUUGGCAUAUCUGGAUGUAGAACAAAAUCAGGAAAUGACAAUACAAGCUCAAGUGAAGCCAGAUCUUAUGAACGUAUAAUAGGUGGAGGUGAUUAUUUAUUUGAUGAUAAUAUAAGUGGUUGGUAUGAGGCUCUCAGUGAUCCUGAUAAGUGGGAGAUAGUUGAAUAUAAAGAAGUUAUACCUAUAUUUGAAAUAUUACCAGAUGAUUUAAAAGAUCGAGUAUUAAAAUGUUUGGGCCAAAGAAUACUUGAUGUUAAAACUUGUAAAAUUGUCUAUGAUACUAAGGAAAAGGCUCAUGUUCAUAUAUUAGAGCAUGAUAUUCCAAAUAUUGAUGAAUGUCAAAUUUUCUCUACAAUAAUGGAAGAAAAUGAAAGUGCAAAAAAUUCAUUUAGUAGUAGAAUUGAAUAUCUUGAUAAAAAUAGUCCUGUGAUUGUCAUUCACAAAAUUAAUGAAGAUAAAGACAAAUCAAGUUAUAAUCGACAUGACUUAAAAAUUAGUUAUAUAAUUGUUGGAUAUGGUUUUAGAUCUAAAUCUGAGUUGGAUAUUAAAUUUAUUGGUGGAGGAGAAAAGGAGAUUAAACAAGAUAAUAAUAGAUUUAUUGCAGAAAUCGAAAGGCCAAAAAAAGAGAAAUCAAUAAUUGGAUCUUGUAUGAUUAAAUCAUAUAAAAAUAAAACUGAUCCAGAGGAUUCAAAAAUUAUCACCAGUUUGCAUUUUCAUCAAUCAGACAAAAAAGUCUGUAUUCACACUUAUGACCUUGAAACCAAAAAAAGAAUUAAACCCUUAGACAAUUCUUAUAUUUAUUAUAGUAUAUUAGAAUUUCCAGGAUUUGGUAAAGCUAUUAAAUGUGAUAAAAUAAAGCUUUCUUUUAAAAAUUCAGGGAAUUUUAAAUGGAUAACAUCUGGCAACUUUGAGGAAAAUCAGUCAAUUUUUAUGAAUCUAAUAUUAAAUGAUUGUACUAGUAAUAAAGAUAAAGCUGAGUUAGAAAUUGUAGUAUUCAAACCCAAUGUUAUAUUUUUAGCAUAUAAAAAAAUUCAUGAUUCAGAUGAUAAUGGUGAUAAUGGUCUGAGCUUCUUAAGUCUACCAAUUACUUCAACUACCUCUGUUAAAUUAUUAAAUUCUUAG